AUGGCGGAAGAGCACUUCUCAAGAACCAGCAGUCACCUGCGGCAACUCUCUGCUCGAGCUUCUAUGAGCAGAGAUAUGGAAAAGUCCGGGUGGACCUUAGAAGAGACCCGGCGGGCCGUGGAUCCUCCACGAAUGAUCAACCACAUCCCGGUGAAAGCCCUGAAGUUCUAUUCGCGGCAGAAGCCUCCUCAAUUUGACUAUGAUACGCCGAUUCUAUUGCCCAUCCGACCAUCCAAGCUAGUGGUGCAGGUUUCGUACGUCGGACUGAAUCCUGUGGACAUCAAGAUCAUGAACGGGUACGCUAAACACCUUAGCGGCAAGAUAGGGCUUGGAAGGGAGUAUAGCGGUGUAAUAUCCGAGGUCAGUGAUGAUCUCCGCGAUCUGUGGCGGGUAGGCGAGGAAGUGAUGGGUACCUUUUGGCAUCCGAAUCUGGGUAAGGGUACGUGCGAGACGUCGAUUCUGGUUGACCCUACGAUCGAUGUUAUCAUAAGAAAACCGACCGCCCUUGAUAUGAAGCAGGCAGGUGGGACGCUGUACUGUCUUGGUGCGAGCUACACACUACUGAGUAGUCUGCAAGAACGUGGAUUACUGAACUCCAAAAGCAAUGUCUUGAUAAACGGAGGCACGACAUCGAUGGGGCUGUUCACGAUACAGCUCUUGAAGUACCAUUACGGGAUCAAAAAUAAACUUGUGGUUGUAUGCUCGACUAAGGGUGCGCGUUAUCUCCGUGUGCACUUUCCCGAUCUCCUUGGUGACUUGGUAUUCGUUGACUAUUGUUCGUUGUCUGGAGAUUCCGUUGCCACACAACUGAAGUAUCUACUUUCCGAUGGAGAUGCAGAUGAUUAUUACGCAAAAUCCGGUGCACUGCAGGCAGUUCAAUUCGACCAGGGCCCGUUUACCGUUGUGCUAGAUUACAUAGGUGGUUAUGAACUAAUUGCCAACUCGGACAGUAUUGUUGCGCCCAGGGGAAUUUACGUAUCGACUGUCGGAGAUGCGAUCGCCAACUACAAGACAGACGUUUACAAGUAUUGGGAAGCAUCGGGGAGUAAAGCACGAGGACUUAUUGGGAAGGUGCUCUGGUCUUUCCAGUAUGAGCGGUUCUUUUUUGAUCCCAACGCCAAGUAUCUCGCCAAGACUGAUUGGGCAACUGAAUGCUAUGACCUUCUAGCUGCCCGUGUGGUGCGCACUCUGGUAGAUAGCUACUACCCCUGGAAGGACAUCCGGAAGGCCCUGGGAUACCUUUCUAGGGGGCAUGCCCACGGGAAAGUCAUUCUCGAAGUCGAGAAGUUCUGA